AUGCAGAUGAAGGCAGCACCUCUGCGGGACACCCCCUCACUCUGCACCUCCGCGGGACACCCCCCUCACCCUGCACCUCCGCAGGACACCCCCUCACCCUGCACCUCCGCGGGACGACACCCCCUCACCCUGCACCUCCGCGGGACACCCCUCACCCUGCACCUCCGCAGGACACCCCCUCACCCUGCACCUCCGCGGGACGACACCCCCUCACCCUGCACCUCCGCGGGACACCCCCUCACCCUGCACCUCCGCAGGACACCCCCUCACCCUGCACCUCCGCGGGACGACACCCCCUCACCCUGCACCUCCGCGGGACACCCCCUCACCCUGCACCUCCGCAGGACACCCCCUCACCCUGCACCUCCGCGGGACGACACCCCCUCACCCUGCACCUCCGCGGGACGACACCCGCUCACCCUGCACCUCCGCGGGACGACACCCCCUCACCCUGCGCCUCCGCGGGACACCCCCUCACCCUGCACCUCCGCGGGACACCCCCUCACCCUGCGCCUCCGCGGGACGACACCCGCUCACCCUGCGCCUCCGCGGGACGACACCCCCCUCACCCUGCACCUCCGCGGGACACCCCCUCACCCUGCACCUCCGCGGGACACCCCCUCACCCUGCACCUCCGCGGGACACCCGCUCACCCUGCGCCUCCGCGGGACGACACCCGCUCACCCUGCGCCUCCGCGGGACGACACCCCCUCACCCUGCACCUCCGCGGGACGACACCCGCUCACCCUGCACCUCCGCGGGACGACACCCCCCUCACCCUGCGCCUCCGCGGGACACCCCCUCACCCUGCACCUCCGCGGGACACCCCCUCACCCUGCGCCUCCGCGGGACACCCCCCUCACCCUGCACCUCCGCGGGACACCCGCUCACCCUGCGCCUCCGCGGGACGACACCCGCUCACCCUGCGCCUCCGCGGGACGACACCCGCUCACCCUGCACCUCCGCGGGACGCCCCCUCACCCUGCACCUCCGCGGGACACCCCCUCACCCUGCACCUCCGCGGGACACCCGCUCACCCUGCGCCUCCGCGGGACGACACCCGCUCACCCUGCGCCUCCGCGGGACGACACCCGCUCACCCUGCACCUCCGCGGGACGCCCCCUCACCCUGCACCUCCGCGGGACACCCCCUCACCCUGCACCUCCGCGGGACACCCCCUCACUCUGCACCUCCGCGGGACACCCCCUCACUCUGCACCUCCGCGGGACACCCCCUCACCCUGCACCUCCGCGGGACACCCCCUCACCCUGCACCUCCGCGGGACACCCGCUCACCCUGCGCCUCCGCGGGACGACACCCGCUCACCCUGCGCCUCCGCGGGACGACACCCGCUCACCCUGCACCUCCGCGGGACGCCCCCUCACCCUGCACCUCCGCGGGACACCCCUCACCCUGCACCUCCGCGGGACACCCCCUCACCCUGCACCUCCGCGGGACACCCCCUCACCCUGCACCUCCGCGGGACACCCCUCACCCUGCACCUCCGCGGGACACCCCCUCACUCUGCACCUCCGCGGGACACCCCCUCACUCUGCACCUCCGCGGGACACCCCCUCACCCUGCACCUCCGCGGGACACCCCUCACCCUGCACCUCCGCGGGACACCCCUCACCCUGCACCUCCGCGGGACACCCCCUCACCCUGCACCUCCGCGGGACACCCCUCACCCUGCACCUCCGCGGGACACCCCCUCACUCUGCACCUCCGCGGGACACCCCCUCACUCUGCACCUCCGCGGGACACCCCCUCACCCUGCACCUCCGCGGGACACCCCUCACCCUGCACCUCCGCGGGACACCCCCUCACUCUGCACCUCCGCGGGACACCCCCUCACCCUGCACCUCCGCGGGACACCCCCUCACCCUGCACCUCCGCGGGACACCCCCUCACCCUGCACCUCCGCGGGACACCCCCUCACCCUGCACCUCCGCGGGACACCCCCUCACCCUGCGCCUCCGCGGGACACCCCCUCACCCUGCGCCUCCGCGGGACACCCCCUCACCCUGCACCUCCGCAGGACACCCCCCUCACCCUGCACCUCUGACAGUAUUCAUUUGA